AUGGAAAAUCAGAGACAAACUCAGUGCUGUCCUCUGUUGCAAGUGUCAAAGAAAGCGACCACGCCCUCUGUUGCAAGUGUCAAAGAAACGACCACGCCCUCUGUUGCAAGUGUCAAAGAAACGACCACGCCCUCUGUUGUAGGUCUUAAAGAAGCGACCACAAAAUCUGUUGUAGGUGUCAAAGAAACGACCACUCCCCAUGGAUACAAAGACAAGACAACUUCUUCUACCAGCGCUUCAACCGCCAUUGGCACAUCACCUUGGUCAACUAAGGAAGCCUUUUUCUCUACUUUUCGCCCACAAACUACAAAAGUUGAACAGAGUACAGAUAAGUGUGACGUCACAUACAAGAAAAAAUGCUACCGAGCAAUUGUGUAUGAUGUACAGAACGUUACCUUCACCGAUGCCAAAGCAAUCUGCAAAUCAAUGAACGGAAAACCCGCGAAUAUUUACGACCUCAAGCAUAACCAGCUGCUGCUCCCUUAUCUACGUUCACUGAUUCCUGCUAGUGGUAGGACAUGGAUUAAUAUCUGGACUGGGAUGGAGUAUAAGGUCAGUUGAUAGAUCACAAUCUCAGCAGAGUUUGACUUUUUAUAAAGAUUAUAAAGUUAACCGGGUCGAGGAUUGACCAAAAGCGCUUUUUAAUAAAAUUACCGAAUAAUGGGAGGGCAAACAUUGCCUUAUGAUUUAUUAGAAGAUUGGAUAAUUAAAAAA